GCAGUCGGGCCUGGGCGCAGUUCUCCACUGUGCCUCUGUGAUCCGAUGGCCCACACCUUCCUGCGACUAUCGAGUACCACCGCUGCUGGUACUGCUGGCAUACUUCCUCCAGCCCUGGAUGAAUUUUGCCUGCUUCCUGGCGUUGUUGAGACCAGACGACCACAAGCUCGGGGGUGGACUGCUUACGGACCUUUUCGCGAUGGCCAGCUUGACGCUGCUGCGCAUCGUGAUUUUCGGCCGGUAUGGAAGGCCUCGGAUGCCAAGGGAAAGCCAAUCAUGGCACUCGCGCCUGCGGGACGCCAUCGUCAUGGGCUUCUUCAUGCUGGGCCUGGAUCUCGCGCUGCUGCGGAAUGCUUGGAUCGAACGCCGCAGAAACUGGAAGUACGUUUUCUCCUUCGUGGUGCUGCUCGCGCCGCUGCCCUUCUGGCGGCAGCUUCUCAGCUUCUUCCGCGAGGACGAGGCGCUCCCAAAGCCUCAGAAGAAGGUGAGAAAGGAGGGCCGGCCGACUCGAGAGGACGUGCGGGCAGACAUCUAUGGGAAGAUGCGGCCAGGGGUGCCCAGCGCCGCAGAUCUACCUCCAGAUGCUUCAAAGAAGAUCCGCGCGCGACGCGCGGAGAAACUGGCAGAGCAGCAUCGUCGGGGAGAGGCCUUUGCCACCCCGGGGCAGCUACCAGUCGCUGGCUUCAGGGCAGCCAAAGAAGCGCCCGGCCCGCCAAGCGCGCCCAGCCGAAGGCAGCCUGGAGCGUAG